GGUAAUGAAUAAAUUACCAAAAGCCUCUAGAUGACAAAUACUCCAAACAUCGGAGACCAUUGCAAUUCGCCUAAAUCAAAUGGAGCUCCACAUACAAAAUAUGCAGGUCUACCCACUGUUGCUACGGUUGCCUGCUGUCAAGCCUACUAAUGCAUAUUAUCUCAUACUGAUGGUUUUGAAAGGUUUACUGGGAAGAUUAAAUUACUGUCCAAAUGAAAAGUCGCUCACUUCAACGGAAUUUGACGUUAAAAGUUGUUCAUUUCAGCCAUUCGAAGACAAGUACAGCGGAAAUUAUUUCCUGGACAUAAUGCGUCUCUUCAUUCCGAUCUUAUUUAUGCACCUUAUAGCCAUAACGUCGAUUGAGUUGUUCGUGUAUUAGACAGGAUGCUCUGCAUCUUCUUACUCACAAAGGAAGACUGCCUAAAAGAACGUCGCUUGUUUAAUGCUAUACGACUUAAGACAGGCUGACUAUAAACAACACUUUCUUCCCAUUUCUGUUUAAGAAAUCUAAUAAAUUUGUGAAAAUAACUACAGACGAUGCAAAUAUGUGAGCUGUAACAUCCAAUAAGCCUUAAAUGUUUUAAUCUGACUUCUAUUACUUUAACCUGACAAUAAUGCCCAGAGUGUUAGACGAUUUAUAUAGACAAAAAUCUUUUUACCUUUAGUCAAAAGAAAGAUAAUAUUUCGAAAAAAUGUUACAAAUGUAUGAAUUAAACUCAAAAAAAUGUCUUUGAUGAUAGCUGCAUACGACAUGAAGGUCUUGAGGUCGAAUUAAUUUUCUCUUUUUCAAAUAAAA